AUGUCACAAGAAAAGAGAGCAGAGAGGAUGCAACAGCUGCAGGAACUGAGGAAGCAGUUGACUAAAGAAAUCUGUGAUGGUGACAAAGAGGCAUUUUCUGAGGGGAAGCACAGUUUAGAAGACCUGAGUGACAAAGAGCUGAAGCACCUCAUUGUGGAUGACACUCACGGCCUCAUCUACUGUUACAUUCCCAAGGUGGCAUGUACCAACUGGAAGAGGGUUAUGUUUGUCCUGAACUGGAGCGAGCCAUAUCAUGACCCCAUGUCCAUAUCUGCUGACUUGGUCCACGUCCCCAAAAAACUCACUCUUCUAAACAGCUUCCCAAGACCAGAGAUGAAGGCGAAGCUGAAGCACUACACCAAGUUCAUGUUUGUCCGGGACCCUUUUGUCCGUCUCAUCUCCGCCUACCGAGACAAAUUCCUGCGGUCCAAUAAGUACUACUAUAAAAACUUUGCCCGGGACAUUCUACGUCUCUAUGGCAACCGGCCUGAUCCACCACAGACAGUGGACGAGGCGUUUGUAUCAGGCGUGCACCCUUCAUUUUACAACUUUAUUGAGUACCUGCUGGACCCACUGACAGAGAAGAGACAGCCCUUUGAACCACACUGGAGGCAGAUGCACCGCCUGUGCCACCCCUGCCACAUACAGUAUGAUUUUAUUGGCCACCAGGAGACUCUUCAGGAGGAUGCUGAACAUCUGCUGAGGAUCUUAAAGCUGCAGGACGACAUCAAGUUCCCCCCGUCCUAUGAAAACAUGACUUCCCCUGGUUCUGUGAUGGACUGGUUCAGAGCAGUGCCCCUGGAGGACAGGAGGAAGCUGUACAAGCUGUAUGAGGGGGACUUCAGGCUGUUUGGCUACAGAAAGCCAAGUGAAUUGCUUGAUGGUUGAGAUGAAUUCACGAUUUGGACAAGUUCACUCCUCCCUAUGUAACAAUAGAAAACAACGCAAUUUACCUCUGAAACAAGAGCAUCACUGGGAUAUGAUGAGGACUAAACAAGGGAAGGAGAAUUACAAAUAUUGAACUGGCCUUCUCCACUGUGGUUACAUAAUGACUCUGUUCAUGCAUUUGUCUACUUCUUUUGUAUGUCUACACUACA